AACAUAUUAGUAGUUUCGUUUUCAUUUACAAAAUGUUGUUGUUGAGAUAGUCAAAAGUGUCCUUCACAAGUAAAUAUCUGGGUUAUUUUGUGUUCAGUUGAUUUUUGAAAUAAUUGUAGUUCAUAGAGCAUAAUAUUACAUACAAGCUUUAUCUCGUAAAUAUGGUGUAUUGGGCUUACAGGGAAUACUAUUUACUUUUAGAAUACAUCAGAACAGUGAAAUAAACUUUUGAAUCACCUUUAUCUGUUUGACACACAAUUAAAGUGUUACAUAGGGUAUACUUUCUCCGUUGUGACAGGCCAUACCAUGAAUAAUGAUGGCGUCGCAACCAAAACCUGUGAAAGUAACCGAUGUUAACCCACAUUUAUUAUGUGUUCUAUGUGGAGGAUACUAUGUCGAUGCUACCACAAUCAUUGAAUGUCUACAUUCAUUUUGUAAAAGUUGCAUUGUAAGGUACUUGGAAACAAACAAAUACUGUCCAAUUUGUGAUGUUCAAGUACACAAAACAAAGCCACUGCUGAAUAUUCGAUCAGAUCGAACCCUUCAAGCAAUUGUGUACAAGUUGGUGCCUGGUCUGUUCCAAAGGGAACUGAACUGCAGAAAAGAAUUUUACAAGAAGCAAUCCGGUUUAAACCCCAACGAUGGAGGAGAGAUAGGACAGCCUUCAGAUGACAGUCCCAUUUAUUCUGCGGACGAAUCAAUUCUUAUUGGGGUUCAAUAUUUAAAUCCUAACACCUCAGAUAUGAAGGUGCGUAAUAAACGCUACUUGAGAUGUCCUGCAGCACUGACAAUUUACCACCUGCAGAAACUGAUGAGAGCAAAGUUCAACCUGAGUGACACUCAGAAGGUUGAAUUCUCUUAUGGACUUGGCUUACAUGUACCAUUGUUGAAUUCUCUUAUGGACUUGGCUUACAUGUACCAUUGUAUGUUGUGUCCGUUGUUGCAGGUGCGUAAUAAACGCUACUUGAGAUGUCCUGCAGCACUGACAAUUUACCACCUGCAGAAACUGAUGAGAGCAAAGUUCAACCUCAGUGACUCUCAGAAGGUUGAAUUCUUACAUGAUGGUGACUUAUUGCCAGACUACUUGUCCCUCAUGGACUUGGCUUACAUGUACCAUUGGAAAAGAAAACGUAUUGUGGAACUGGAAUACCGGUUGCUUGAGUGUCAACAGAAGAAAAUCAAACUUUUCCAUGAAGAAAGCAAGUCAAUUCCUCAAAGGAAUGAACAGACCAUUGUUGAACCUGCAAAGGAAAUGAACUCAAGAGACAAGGGAACGGGCACGGAAGUGGACACAAGAGACAAGGUGAAGGGCACGGAAGUGGGCGUAAGAGAUGAGGUAGUUGACAAGGAAGUGAACGUAAGGAACAAAGUGACGGACAGGGAAGUGCAACUGCAGAUCAGUGAGAACGGUGUGAUGAGUGUACAAAGUUUGGACUUCAAUACGAGCUCAGUGAACGAUGCUCUAGUCACUGCUGAGGUGAACAAAGACAAUGUAGUUUCCGACAAUUCUCUACCGGUGAAGGACAUCCAGCCAGAAACUAUGGAGUUAAUGAAGUCUCUUGAAAAAGCUGUAACGUUAGAUUUUGAUGCUUCAGUUACUACCAGGACUACUGAAAGUAGCACUGUUUUACCUAUCAGUAGUAACGUUAACAAUAACACUGAGAAAAGCAAUCUUUCAGAAAAUGUCAGCCCCUCAGUUGAUUGUAACACUAAGAUGGAAGAGGUUAAAGAAGAAAUAACUGAAGAUAAAAACAAAAUCAGUAUCAGUCAUGACAAGAAUUAUAAUUCACUGGAAUCUGCCAUUCCACCCAUCAAGGUUCCGAACCUGAAUACGAACACUUUUGUUAGCAUUCAGAAGGCAUACCCGGGCAUUGUCAAAGAGGCAACAGCUAUAUCUAAUGUCUCUAAACCGGUCAAAGUGAAAGAAUUAAGAACCGAUACGAAAGAGUAUGAAGCUACUAUGAAACGGUCCUCGGAAAAACAGGAAAUACGGUCCUCGAAUACCUUUAAAUAUAAGCAUUUGAAAUCUCCUGUAAAGCCUUGGAGUCCAACAAUAUCAAGGUCAUCAAUAAUGGCGAUGAAACAAGCGCAAUUGGCUAGUCAAGAAAAGGGUGAACCAUCAGGGAAAACUCAAUCGAACAAGGCACCUAAAUUCUUUAAAAUGCGCAACGUCCCUCGGUUUUUAGGCAAUCCUGCAUCAGGUGUGAAGCCCAUGUAUCAGGUUUUGCCAGGCUCUGAAUUGGGUUCUCAAACGCCCCAGACUAGUGCAGCACAAACCCCCAAACAAAAUAAUGAGAUAACAGUGAUGAAAAUUGAUCCCAAAACUCUCAACCCGAUACCGGUAUCAUCUUCAGGGAAGUCUUCUAAAUCGUCUCCAGCAAAUAAACUUCCUUCCUCGUUUGUUUGCAAUCAGCAAAAGUCAGCUGAAAAUUAUUUACUCAAUUGUAGAGCUUCCAUCCGAAACCCUGUAAGUAAAAGCGGUCACUUUACAACCAAGACAUCCGGCCAGAUACGGUCGAGUUUAACUCCGAAUCCAUUUAUUUUGCCCUCUCCACACUCACCUCACAUGAUGUACAGCGGUUUCCCUCGACCCUUCCCUCCCCUUGAUUCGCCGGGCAGCAGAUUACCUACUGACAACCAGAUUUUUCGAGCAAUGUCCAUGCUUUGUUCACCGAGUGGAGCAUUCCAUCCUUCGCUACCUCCUUCGAUCAGCAUGCUUUUGAAUCCACAUCACCCUCAUCACCGAUCUACUCAGAAUGACAAAUUGAACUUAAAAUAUACUCCGAGUGACUUUCACAAAACCACUCCUCCUCCUCCUCCUAUCACGCCAUCAGUACAAAGGAUUCCUCCGUCUGGUCCAGCAUCGAAACAUCCUUCGCCAGGCUCCCACAGUGCAAGUGGUCUAGAAGAUUCAAAUGGCAUGAUUACGAAUAGUCAAGAACACUUGCAGAAGAAGCACAUGAAGUCGCACAUCGUCAGUAAAGAAUCUGAAGGACAUAAUUCUUCGAUUUCUGGAAGCGAUGACAAAAAGAAUAACACCGUCACUUCCCCUAGUAAGUGUUUAGAUCCUUUACAAAGACAUUUAAGCAAAAGUUCAGUGCCUUUAAGUAACGGUUUGUCCAUUGUUCCAUCUUCAUGUCAUGGAGAUGUUGCCAACAAAACGAGCAGCAGAAGUGUUGACGUUACGAAUGCAUUUAACAAAGACAGUGUAGGAAAAUCAAGUAAUGAACAACGUACAACGAGUGGUUUUAGUAAAAGUAAUAAUUGUUCAUCUGUAAAUUAAGGCGACCUUUCUACACUUUGCACAGUAUUUUUAAGAUUUCAUCGUAAAAGUCUUUCUUAUAUUUAGGUAGUACAGAUUUGUUAUAUAAAUUUUACACAUCGAGAGAUAGAUAUUUACUAAAAAAAAAUCAGUAUAACUGAAUUAGUGCACUUAAUGGAAAUUUAAGAGCUGUAAUAAUACAUUUUCUAUUUAAGGGUUCAAGCUUUUAGCGGUAGACUUAAACACAAGAAGUAACCAAAAUCAAAUUAAAAGGUACUCCAGUAUAUGUCAUAAUUGUUUCAUAUUUAAUGAGUCUGUGGUUUUAAAUCAAACACUUAUAUUUCAAGUGGCUCCUAGAUAUUUUGAUGAUAACUGUAUACAAUUAUUUAUCUAUGAUCUAUGAUGUUAUGAAAUCAGGCUAUUUCCUACCAAGGUAUAUCUCAAUUUCAGAAUUACUAAUUUAUAAAUCAGUAAUCUCAAUCUCAAUGUGGUAGAAGAGGGUCUUGGAUAUUUGUUAUGUAAUUUUUCCAUUUUACACCGCAUUGAAAUAUUUAUAACACAAUUAAAAUUGUGUUUCUCAUGUGUUAAUGUUUAUGGGAAUUAUGGAAUGGAAUCAUUGUUUACCCUUUCAUAUAUGUAUCCUUUGUAUAUUGUAAUAUCACUACAAA